AUGGCAUCUUCUGUUUUUUACAAGUUCAGUUCUAGGAAGGACGAGUCGAGAGUGACCUUCGAUGGCACCGGUAUUUCUGUCUUCGAUCUGAAACGUGAAAUUAUACUCGCCAAUAACAUGGGUAAGGCAAACGACUUUGAUCUCUUCGUAUAUGACUCCACCUCAAAGCAAGAACUCAAAGAUGAUUCGCAAAUCAUCCCACGUUCAUCCUCAGUCGUCGUGAAGCGGAUGCCAGCUGUAAGGCCUGGCAAGGGAAAGGCUUCAAUGUACAUUGGUGCGGCCUCCGCCCCCGGCCCAGUGUCAGAAUCUGUGCAGCGGCCUGGAUCUUCUACAACUUGGCACAAGGGUGCUAUGUCAAAACGUUUUGAUGGCAAAGAAGAACCUUCGGCGUCCACCAUACCAAAACCCUCGACACUUAUGAAGUCUGCCGUCACAAAAGAUGACGAAGCAGCAGCAAUGGCUGCCAUGUUCCAAGCCUCGUCAGCAAACUGGGAGGAAACUCAAGAAAAGAUGUCUCAGUUUGUGUACCCCACGCGGGCUUUCGUUGAUGUAGUAGACCAAAAUCUAAUGAACAUCAACCCUCGGGGCACCGGAUUUGGACGGGGUAGUGGAAAACCGCAUAUUCCGCAGCUCCAAGCUCAACAGCAGGACCGACCAUUGCCCCCAAGCUAUGUUUGUUAUCGAUGUGGACAGAAAGGUCAUUGGAUCCAGGACUGCCCGACAAACAACGACCGCGAGUUUGACAACCGUCCGCGAAUUAAACGAACAACUGGGAUACCCCGAAGCAUGUUGAAGGCGGUUGAGAAUCCGAACAGCGGCGACCUUGCUCAAGGAGUCAUGGUUACUCCCGAAGGAGGCUUUGUCGUCGCCCAGCCAGAUCUUGCAUCGUGGCAGAAGCAGGUAUCACGACCGAAAGGUCUGACAGUUGCUGAAGUUCGAGAACGCGCACCAACAGACACUUCAUUGGCAUGUCCGAUCGACAAUAAGCUUUUCCGCGAUGCCGUUAAGACGCCCUGUUGUGGUACGCUGUAUUGCGAGGAAUGCAUACAGACGCAUCUACUUGAACGAGAUUUUGUAUGUCCUCACUGCUCGAAAAAGAUUGCAUCCCUCGACAAACUCCUCGUGGACAAACCAGCGCGCACAAAGGUGACAGAUUAUAUUGAGAAGGCCGUCGAGGAUAGUAAAAAGGAGGCCAGUGAAGAUUCGACGCCCGCAGCGGGGGGCGACCGAACUGGUGAUGCCACUGGACAGGCAGAGAAUGGUGAACAGAGCAAUCAGGAACAAGAUCUCUACUCUGACCAACAGCCAGACCUAAGCAUGGAAAUGUCGCAAAUGCUGGUCGACAGUAUCCCUCAGCUCCAGGCACAGAUUAACCAACUUUCAGUGAUGCUCCAAACCUCCUCUCUACCAAACCAAGUACGACACCAAACAGAAAUGCAGUACCAGCAACUCCAGAUCCAACUACAACAAGCCCAAGCUAUAUCUGCGGCGUUGGCAGUUGCCACAUUCCAACAGCAGCAGCAACAACAACAACAGCAACAGCAAGCCCAGAAUUUAGUCACUGGGGGAAUGGGAUAUGGAAUGCAAUACCAACAGAAUUGGGGCAACCAGUUCUCGAACCAACAGCCUGCUGGACAGGAUUCGGCGUACCAGAGGCUACCUGUGAACAAUCGCAGAAGGAAUCUCAAACGGGAUCGUCCUUCAGAUUUCUUCGACGUUGCCGGUGAGAAUGAGAGCAAGGUCCCGAGGUAUUGGGAGUAA